UUUGAGCGCUUGAGAGAGAUUGGCGCGCGCUCCCGGCGCGGUCCCACCCUCGGCUGGCUCUCGCACCUUCGCCCGCUCGCGGCCGGGAAGUCCGGUGAAGGAGAGGAGCCGAUCCCGCGGAGCCGGGCACGGGGCUACCGGAAGGCCUGGGGGCCGGCGUCGGAGCGGCUGCCUCCAGAGGUUGACUCUUGGGACGCACGUGGACUCUCGUGACUGGAGGGGCGGGGGCUGACAACCAUGAAUGAAUGGAUGAAGAAAAGCCCAUUAGAGUGGCAAGACUAUGUCUAUAAAGAAGUCAGAGUGACUGCCAGUGAGAAAAAUGAAUAUAAAGGAUGGGUUUUAACAACAGACCCAGUCUCUGCCAAUAUCGUCCUUGUGAAUUUUCUUGAAGAUGGCACCGUGGGUAUAACUGGAGUCAUGGGACAUGCUGUGCAGACUGUUGAAAUUUUGAAUGAAGACAACCAGGAAGUGAGAGAGAAACUGAUGCAUAUGUUCAUGCCAGAAGAGAGUAAGGCCUACAGCCCUGAGGACCUGGAAAAAAGGAAGAUCAGCCUGAAGUCCUGGCUGGAGAAGAACCACAUCCCCAUCACCGAACAGGGAGAGUCACAAAGCACUCUCUGUGUUGCUGGGGUCCUGACCAUAGAGCCACCCUAUGGACCCGAAGACUGCAGCAGUGCAAAUGAAAUUAUUUUGUCCAGAGUUCAGGAUCUCAUCCAGGGACAUCUUACAGCUUCCCAGUGAGACGCCAAAACCUGUUGUUUAGCUUGCAGAAAGACAGACUUCAUUUUUUUCUUGGUAAAGCUUGUUGAAUAUUAAGCCCUUAAUCUUCUAGAGCUCUUUGAGUACAUUCUGUACUUUUGAAAACUUUGGUAUUGCAAGUGAACCCAGAGGUUCACUUGCCAAUGGUAUACUUUCUGUGUUUUGAAUGUAGAAGAGCCAGGGAAGGGAGAGGCUGACAAACUCAAGGAAACUCCUAUUUGUAGGAUCCCCUUUUGUGAUGUGGAUCCAUAUUUCUCCUUUGUUAGCCAAGAGUGUCGUCCUGAGCCAUAGAAAAAGUUGUCACUGCAAAGCACGGUCUAUAAAUUCAUUUUUAGGAGUAGGGGAGGGAAACAUCAAGAUCUGUGGGUUCAUGAGUACAUGGAACUUCUCACUAACUAAAGAGAGUUGCCUGCUGACUCAGAGGUUAAAUGACUGGCUAGAGUCACACAAUUAAUAUGUCAGAAGCAGGACUUGAACCCAGGUCUUCCAAAUCCUAGGGUUGACUGUUGUCAUGCUGCCUAUUCUUUUAUCAUAUUGCUUUGAUUUUAUUCACAUUGAAUAUUAUUAGUAUUUUGGCGUUUUAUUGAUCAUCUGUAUUUUUAGUAUAAUGGUGAAAUUGGUUACAAGACUUGAAUAUAAUUUUUAGACUGGAUUUAAUCAUCUUUUGUUGACCAUUUGGAAAAUUACUGUUCUUGACUCUUAUAAUUCUAGAAUUGUUUGGUGCCCUUAAGCCCUACAGUCAGAUUCACUGGCUAAUAACAACAGUGGAAAUUUUCAAAGGAGAAUAAGAACUUGAGUCUAAGAAAAAAUAUUAGGAAAUUACCUUCUUUGUUAUCAGACUUUAAUAAGGACUAUGUGAAGAUUGCUGAUAAGUGGUUGGUAAUGCCUAACCCAGGAGGAUGGUAGGUAGGGUUUUAUGCUUGGAGAUUAAUAAAUGGAGGACAUAGUUUCCUGGCAACUACUAAGUGGGGUAGGUGGUUUAAGUAAUCUGUUUUCAAAUAAAACCUGAGGGCCCCAGGAUGAACGAAUUGAUUUUACCUUGGAAAACUUCUUGGCUUAAGAAUCAAGGUGAGGUCAACACUGGAGACCAUUUCUUUAGAAUUUUUCUUACUUUAUGGCUCCAUUUUCAAGUUCGUAAUGAAUCCUGCAAUCUUUCUUUCUCUCUAUUUUCUCCUUUUUCCAAAAAAGAGUUAGCAUCUCUCACAUAAAUAACCAGUAGCUGGUCUCAGUAUCCACGGUUGUCUUUGAAUGUCCUUUCAUGGUGAAGGAAUGUUGAAUGAUCUCCAAAAUCUCAUAUGAUUCAUACAAGAAGAAAGUCUACUCAUUCCUAUAUCCAUUCCUUCUUGCCAAUGAUUCCUUCUGUGGCUCCUUUACACCAGUGAUUCUCAACUUAAAUUUUGACAAGGUGUCUGAUUUUCUGUUGUUCCUACAAAAUGCUAUGCAUUUUAAAAAGCAAAAGUGAAUUAAAAUUUAUUUUGUUUUAAAAA